GAAAGAUAGGUGUAGCUCACCAACCCACUGAGAUGUAGCUGUCUAUAUAUGCGGAGGAUCUUUUGGCCUGCCUCUGCAACUUUCAGGUAGAUUCGAUCCUCGUCUUCACGAAGCUCUGCUUGGAACGCCGUUGGGCUAUUGACCUCAUUUGAUGAAUUGUACUCGCCCUCAAACAUAGCGGGAACACUAAGGCUCUGGCGAUAGAGCAUUAUGAUCGCCUGCCAGUAAUUGAGCUCCAGAAACUCGGUCGAAAACAUGACACCCGUCUCUUGUCUCGAUGGUGCUGACGUCUUCCACUGAUACAGUCUUCGGUCGAUAUCUAUGCGCCAUGAACGGAACGAAUCAAACUGCACCAGGAAGGGCGACGGGAGAUGAAUGUGCAUAUCAGGGAACUUGCCCUGAACACCCGCCUUGGCGAUCUGAGCCUGAUUGUACUGCAACACUUGAAGAAUUUCCGAUUGCAGCAGCCUCAGUCGGAAGUAAUGAUGGGCAACAUGCUUGUAGCUGGGUUGGAGCUGAUCUGAUGGUGGAUCUAUAAGUCCGGUGGGUGUAAUAUAGUCAUCAUCCAGCAAGGACGGAAACUCAGUUGUGAUGACCUGAUCGCUGACGCCGAAUGGUCUUCCAACGCAUGUGCUAACCAGACGAUCGAGAGAGUACGUGCACCACCACAAACGGCGCCUCAUAUCUCGCACCCACAACUUCUUUCCCCGGGUUUGUGCUCCAUUCUCUCGGGAUCCAGCACUAUCAGUCUGUUCACUUUCGUUAGGUAAGGAAUCAAUCUCCCUGUCAUCCUCGUAGUGCAGGCCGAGAUCAACUGCAAGUCGAACGGCAACACCAAUAAUGUACCUGGUCCGUGUCAGUCAGGUGAGUUCACACACCACAUACGAUCAAUCGACACAUACCAAAGGCCAGGGGGAACAGGUCGAAGGAGAGCAAAAUUAGCCAGAAGAAGUACGGCCUGCAGAACUUCUAAGCCUCCUCCGCUGUUACUUAAACACGAUUCUAGGUGCACGAUUGCGCUCGCGUGAUACUCCUCUGGCUCGCAUCGACUUUUGUUGUCGGCACCAGUAUCGCCAGAUGAGUCAGAUUUCACUGGCUCGCCAACAAUGACACCACAGCCGAUGGCGAAAACCAUAUUCAACAAAUAGAGCUCCCGCGAGCCUCGGGCCGGAUCUUGAGUGGCAUAUAUGCGUUCAAACGUCUGCAUAAACUCUCCUCUGUGCAAAAUUGGAAUCUGAGGGGAAACUGGCAGGUUUGAUAGAAGGCCUGGUAUGAAGGCCGAAAAACGAAUCGCGCAGCGAAGCUCCGUUGCCGCUUGUUUGCCGAGGAUUCCUUGGAUCAUUCGGAUUCGGUUGACCAGAGGAUGAAUAUUGAACUGCAGCAUAUACGACCCGGGCGAACGAGACACCAGAUGCGGAUGCCAAAGACCGAGGUUUCGAUGGGCUCACGAUGUUGAGGAAUCCUGAUUGGCCCGACUUCUUCUUAAGCGAUUCCACCGCCUGGCUCUGAGGCCUACGGUCGCCGGCUUCUGAUGGACCGGAAUAACCUGUUUCGGUGGCGGAGUUGAUACUGGCGGUGUCGGUGCCUAUUCGAGAACACAAUUCGAGGUUUUCGGCUGGUGGGAAGGUGAUGUUAUUGGCGCUAAGCAGGUUCUCGAGCUGCUCGACUCGGGUUUCGAGAUAGUAAACAUAACUGCGCACAAUGUCAACAUUUGCUCAUUAAUCGAUAUUGACGGAUUUGUAGCGCGUCGUCGAGGUCUGUGAUGACCAAAAGAUCACAUCUUUAGACAAUCGCGCGCUUGCAUUGUCUUAUCGUACCUGCGUGGGAUUUCCUUCUUUGUGAUGGGAUCAUAGCCAACACAAGCGACCCCUGCCUUGGCGCAACUUGCGCAGCUCGGUAACUUCUGAUCACAGCGGUUUUUACGUAGGCGACAACGGUUACAGGCGCUGACGUUGCGAAAGUUACUGCUCUGGCCUGCCUUGGCGGCUACUGAGGGAGAGGCGGUAGUGGAAGACGCUGAAGCACCGUCGGCUUGGAGACGGUCGCGCUCACGAUCCUGGGGGCUCGGCUGGCCGUUGCGCGGCGAUCCAUCGUCGUUCGAGUCUUGUCGCUGUCGCUUUGCGGGUUGCGAGCUCGGGGACGGAGGGCCACGCGCAGGCAUUGUAACGGCCCGGCGGGCAACCGAAGACGGCGCCGAUAAGUUUGCGACGGGGUCGGAUAUGAAGAGAAGUGGCUCGGGCGGAGUGACGCAGAUCAGCCGGAGAAAUCGAUAUCCAAAGAAGUCGGUCUUAGGUGUAGUAGGAUGUCGUCUGUGAAUUGAUGAUGGGGACGGAGAGAGUGGGUUUGAACUUGCUUGAGCUUAGUCGGGGGACGGAGACGGGGGCGGAAGGUGGCAGGUGAAAGGCGGAACGGUAGAUUGAGACUUCCGGUCGGGACUGCCUUAACAAUUAAUGAAACGAACGAACGGGCGGAGAAGUUAAGUAAGGUAAGCGCAGUUCUGAGGGCAGUAACAGGAAGGCAGCUAGGUAGCUACUACUCCGAAUGGGUGGGAUAGAUAUGAGACAAAAAGGCAGGAGCUGGACAAUUGAAGGAUAUGGAUAAGGCGGGAAGGGAUCGACGAGCCGCUGUAGCCGCUAACGUUUGUCAAAGCGCAAUGAGUUUGUCAACUGUAUUAGAGCUGAUAUCUGAUGAAUUGGGGGUUCAAAGAUAUGAGAAGAAGCCCAGCCGAGCCCAGAGAUCAAGUGGUUGCCGAACUGGAUUGCCCAAAUCUUCCAGAAUUGGCCACCCAGAUUAUCAGUCAGUCAGUCAGUCAAACAUGGAAGCAACAACUUUCUUUGCUGACCAUUUGUUGUCUGCGGGGACCAACCAAGCUUGGCCCAUGACUAGACCCCCAAAAAAGAACAACAAUUCUGGCUGUCAAUGUCGUAGAAAGUCGAGACUAAUUUGGGGCCUGGACUAAGCGAAAAUCAUGGCAAGUGAUCCCUGAAAGAGGGGGCCUAUCAACUGCGCAUACAAUUCCUCAGUAUAAGGAGGCAAUAUCUCGUGUUGGAGGUGACGGUGGUUGAUGGCCGCUUCUGGAUGAGUCUGUGAUGAUGAUAAUUGUCACGAUUGUUUCACGGAGAAUGGAGACAUGCAAGGGUCUUGAAGUUUCCAGUUGUAAGCAAUUAAAAGUUUUCAGCCAAAUUAGACGGCAUAAAAAUCCAUAUAGUAGUCGACGUUAAGGUGGUUCAGAUAAUGGCUUUAUUAAAGAGUAUAAGAUCCAUACAAUACUAUAAGAUACAAAAGACUCGAUGACAUGGAAUGCAUUAUCUCGACCUUCUUCGUGGCCAAAGUGCAAGUGCUGCCAAUAACCAGACAAGGGUCCUUCCAGAUUCAUCCCAGUUUGAAUCCUGUAAGGUAGCGAGCAGGUGGGGGAAGGAUGACUUCUCUACGAAUUGAGUUCUUGUAUUGGCCAAUUUAUUCAUCUCUCAACUCAUCAUUUCUUACAAAACACAAGGAAGAAUGAAAGCCUUCAAAGUCAACUGCAAAUCUGGGAAUUAAUGUUCUUGGCAUGCAGCAUCUUAAAAACGCCUUGUUUAUCAUCCUGUCGAUCCUCUCCUGCAAACCAGACUUACAAGUUUGAGGCGCAUCAUGACAGCGAAUCAUCUUAUCAGUGCCUGCUCUUGUCUUGUCUUCUUUUCCUUUUUUUUUUACUCGCAGAGAAAAGCCCAGUGAUCGUGAUUUGAGUCUUGUACCCGAACUUGUCCGGCUUUAUAACCGGUCCCCUUCAUCCUGCUCUCAGCUUUCGCCGCCAGAUACCGCAUCGGGGUAUUGACAGCGGCACAGUGCAGUUGUAUACAUGCGACAUCCCGUUUUUCAGUCUUUGAUUUGAAUAUGUAUUGCUUGUAAGUGAGAAGAGACGACAAAGAGGUUACUUUGAGUUAUACUCGAGUUCCUCUUAUGUACCACGGUCUUCCUACGCCGAAAUACACUACUCACCGUAUCAUACUCAGUGAAUAUAUCGCUGGUCCGGCUUCGUUGACCUGAACCUUGUCAACGGGCUUGUCUCUUGGACCGGAUCGGAUGCAGCCUGGCGGUUGGCUGCAUCAUCACCAACACCAGCCAACAUCUCCGAUUCCCGAUUUGAGAUGCCGGUCACCGUAUUCGUACAUAAACUGCACGAGCAUGAAUAAGCUCACGAAAGAAAUUCCGAAUUCCUUGUUACCAGGUCCAUAUCUCUUUAUUACCGCUUCAAUUAUCUAUCGAUAUAUGCUCACGCAAACAUUAAAGAGUCACACAUGGAGGAUCUAUACUAACGACCAACAAUAAUCUCACCUACUACAAUUUGCCACUGCCAAAUCAAUCAGAUCUCCCUCCUACGAUUUCUCUCUUUCGAAAGGUGUUCAAACCUCCUCACUACGCAGCAAGGGUCCAUCCUCUCCAUCAUUCUUAGCCUCUCUCCACACCCCCCAACCUCACUUCAAGCUCCAAACAUCCAUUAGAGCGCACGAAUAAACUGAAGCAAAAGAUAUUGAAAUUGAUUAAACUCAUACGAUUUCCCCGAUAACUCUCGAGCAACUGCGAUUCCCGACUGUAACCAUCCAAUUCAGCUUUGCGCGUAUAGAUUCGCCGCUACGAGCAGUUCCCCGUGUAUCAUCAGAUCAUGGGGUUUCCUUGGACAAGGGUAUUGUUACCUCAUUUUCCUGUCCUCUUUUCUCGAUGCCUUUCAGGUUACCGACAUACAGCUACAGGUGAGUCUGUCUAUGUAUAUCCUCUAUAUGAAAUUUCACAUCCUGGCUGCCUGAUGCUACGCUGCGGUUGCACGGGAUAUAUCACGAGGUCAAUCACAAGGCCUAAAGCAACUACAUGCGACUAUAUGCAUACUCAGGUACCUCGAUUACUAUGUGAAACUCUGUUAUAUGUAUCAAAACAAGAUGCAUUGUUGUCUUCGGCCAUGCCGUGUCACGCACGUUCCGUU